AACGUUCUCUCAUUAUGUCGAAUAAUCAAUGUCAAAUGCCACUAGCGGUCUUCUUUGAGUGUGAAAGCUUUUAAACUCCACCAAUCAAAAUUUCCCUAACGACGUACGGGAACGGUGUAUUGACAUUAUCUGCUGUUAUAUCAAAUAUCACAGCAGCGAAGGCAGGAUUAACGGGGGUGUGGCCAACACCUCGGCUGACAGCUGACGACCGCAAGCUCCGCCCCGUGACCCACUUUUCACGUUAACGGCUUGCAGUCCCUCAUUCUUUCAGAGCAGAUCGAGAGUGGCAUAGACCGAGCGAGUUGUUCGGGACUAAAACACGGAGCUGUGUUGUGUGGCUGCUUGUGGUGAACAUUUUUUUUUUUUUUUUUUUAAGCUUCGGUUUUCCAAGCACAGAAAUGGCCGAGAUGUGAAGUUUAUUUUCGUGGAGUCUGGUCGUAAGAUGACCAACAUGAUGUGUCACGAUGAUUGAUGGCUCAUGGGACGAUUUGUUUUUCACUUUACAGAGGUGUUUCUGCUGAUCGGAGUGGACGAGAGAGUGCGUCGGCGGCCCGGACCCAUCAAAUCGGACCUGCAUGGAAGGGUAUGGGGACGAGCGGCUGCCCUAGCCCGCCCUGCUGCUUGUCCACCCCUCCCCUACUCGCCGUCCUGCUCACACUGGCGAUACUGAUUCUCUCAGCUGAAGGAUUUAAGACUAACUCAGGUUGUAAGAUCGAUUCUUGCUGGAGCCGUUACGACAUGGUGCGGACGUCAAUAGAGCAGCGGGCCACCCUGGCGGGUACCGGCUUGCCAGAUCUCUCGGCAGACGAUACGCACUGUGUUGCCUUGAGAACCUACUUGCACUGCAUCAAACGAAUCAAGGAGAAUGGAGGAUGCCAUGGUGAUAUACGUUAUUUCAGUGUUAGAAACGGUGUGAAGAACCAGAUGAAACAGCAUAACUGUUCGCACGAAGGAAGGACGAUCGACACGUCGAAAAUCACCCCCGCCUCCCCGAGCACCCCCAGGGAGUGUGCCUACAGUGGCAGGAAAGUGUUCAAGCAGUGUGGCCUUUUUGGCGACCCCCAUCUCAGGACGUUUUACGGCGAAUUUCAGACUUGUAAAGUGAAGGGGGCAUGGCCCCUUGUGAAUAACAAGUUUUUAACUGUGCAGGUUACAAAUGACGCCAUAGCAGGUGAUAGCGGAGCAACGGCUACAAGCAAGCUAACUGUGAUAAUUAAAAAGAACAAUGUCUGUGCGUCGGACACGUUUCAAAUGUACCAGGCACAGACCGACUAUCUACCUAGCUCAUUCUACGACGGCAGGACUGACUAUGGGCCGCACAAGAGUGUGGAACUCGUCGAGGUGGAGGCAGGGAAGCAUGUCGAAAUACACAUUCGUUACAUCGAAACGACUAUCUUGGUCCGGCAGAUCGGCCGCUACCUCACGUUCAACAUCCGCAUGCCGGCGGACAUCGUGAACGAGAGUUCCAAUUCGAAUGAUAUGGAGUUAUGUGUCAGUGGUUGUCCCGAAUCCGAGCGGAUUAAUUACCAGGAGUACCUCGCGCAGCGCCGGAACCGGAUUACCUCCUUUUCCGGAAGUAGUGACGCCAUUGUGGUGAUGCCUCGCGCGGAAGCACACAGCAUCUGUCGCGAGGCGAAGGUUGUGGAUUUUUACUUUGAUUCGUGUGUGUUUGACCUGAUGGUGACCGGGGACAAGAACUUCACCCUGGCCGCCGUCAGCGCCCUACAGGACGUGCUGCAGCUAGACCCGGACCUGUUGAAGUCCCUGUCGGACCGGGUAGAUUUCAGCCCCUACGAUCAGCUGUAUGGUGGUGGGGUCUGUUCGACUCGGACUCAGUCUGUGUGGCUCGUGUGGUUGACAUUACUGUUGAGUACUAGUAUAUUAUUAUCAUCAUUGUGCUGCGAGAUUGUGAGAGUUUGAUAGUGUAGGCUCAAUUUUAGACCAACAUUGUUUGCAGUCGAGAGAAGAAUUAUUUGAAAACAUGAUAAUGCAUAUUGAGUAAUAGUAUGUAAUUAUUUGGUUUGAUUUGAGGAUAUUUAUUUUGAAAAAUGUUUUUCACGUCAGAAUAAGCAGGAAUAUUAGAUAUUAAUAAUAAAGUACAUCUUUUAUACCAUAGUGAAAAAUGUUCAGGUUUAAAAUAGUAAUGAUUGUAUUACCAAGGACCUUUUAUUAUGUCGUAGACUUACCAAAUGUUUGACAUCCAAUAGCCGAUGAUUAAUAAAUCAAUGUGCUCAAGUGGUGUCGUUAAACAAAACAAACUUUAACUCAUAACUUUGUUUUAAAAAAGUUAAGUUAUUAUAAUGUCUUAGUUGUAAGAUUAGGGUAGUGUUAAUUUAGAAUAACUUAAGACUAUGGCUUCCUCUCCCUUGCUUUCUGUACACACUUCUGAAUUAUGCCAUGCCAUGGAGCAUGUUUGAUGUUUUCAAAUGAUUGUUCUUUUGCCUGGAAACAAAUGGUUGUAUAUAUAGAGCUAACUUAUCACAGGUACAUGGGUACAGGUACAUGGAUGUAGGUCUGGAAAUAGCGGCCUGCAAACAACGAAAAGUAGUCCAUUGUUUUUAAGGCAUAGCAUAUGAAAUAGAAAUUCACCAACUAAAAUCAUUUGAAAAAAUCACAGAUAAUUUUUCAAGAGGGAGAUGCAUGCAAGAGUAUCUUGUAUUUUGUUUAGCUCGUGGUUCUGUUAAAUUUUAAUUCCAUAAUAUCUCAAAUACAUUUCAGAGAUCAUAUUUUUUCACACACACUAUCCAAACCCUCCACUCACCCCGUCUUGUCUUUAUUUUCAGCAGGCCCUUUUUUCCUGAGCAGGCCAUUUUUCUUUUGACCUAUUUAAAAAAAAAAAAAAAAAAAUGCAGGCCAUAUUUUACUUGUUAUUUCGAGCCCUGGGGUGUUGGGGCCGUGAUACAAACGACGCGGGCAGCAUGCCUGAAAACACUCCAUGUCAACAUGUACGACGAUAUAACACAUAGCCGAGUUGUCACUCUUGUGUUUAUUAAGUAAACAUGGCUGAGUGGGACUUGAGAGGUCAAUAUAUGACGAUUCAUAAAUACAUUACAUUCAUCUUGCAAUUGAAUGUUUGGUGCUAAAAAAAAGUAAUAAAAUGGGGUGGAGUGUUUGAAACGACUAUGGAUUUUAAUAAUUUAACCGUAAUUACGUUUUAAAAAACAACAACUUUUACUUGAAUUCAGUAAUUGAUAGGCUAAAUUAAAUUGAACUAAUAGUUCAGGUAAAUUUAUUAUCUUCUCACCGGUGUAGUAAAUUGAUCUAGAAGUAUAAAACCUGGCAUUAAUGUAUAAACUAAUUGAAUAUCUGUAGUGCUAAAAAUAAAAUAAAAAUGGAGUGAAGUAUUUGAAAAGACCGGAUUUUAAGAAUUUAACAGUAAUUACGUUUUAAAAAACAACAACUUUUAUUAAUUAAAUUCAGUGAUUGAUGGGCUAAAUUAAAUUGAACUAACGGUCCAGGUAGCUGUAUUCUCUUGUCGCCUGUGCAUUAAAUCGAUUUAGAGGUGUAAAACUUGGCAUAAUGUUACAUGAUAAAGUGGUUUAUAUGGACAUGGACAAUAAGAAAGAUAUUUGUAACACAAAUGGCCGACUUUACGAAGCCUGAUUUUUCUUAAACGCGGGUGUUUCAACAUCGUAUAAAUGUAUGUAGUCACUCGCGUGUUCGGCUAAAGCAGACUUUGUAAAUCGGUCCAUAAUGUAUUGUAAUACGGUCGCAACAGCGCCACUAAGGCACGACAGACCAGCAUCCAUGUACUUCGUAAUGUGAGAGGCUAGCUCAAUACUGGACACGAAAUCAGCGCAGCCUAAUAUAUGUAUAUUGAGAAAUUCUGUGCUGCAACGCCGACAGUAGCUUGUACACACAUGGAUACUUUUCUACGAGAAUGGCGUGUUAGAAGAGUAGGGGGGGGGGGGGAACGUUCUUACACUUGUCGAACCUGGUUACCAUUUACCCUUUUUUUUAAAUUUGAGUUAAGAGAAACCCACCCUGCCUGUUGCCAAAUUAGCUAAUUGCUAUUUUUGUAUACUAAGUGGCUACAAUAUUCAGUAUUCAGCUAAUAAAUUUGUGUUUAAAUAAGCCACUUAAAAAAAAUAAAGAAAUACUUUACAGAUCUGAAAAUUGGUUAAAUCUAAAUUAUUUCCAUGAGAUUGUUUCAAUUAAAUUAUGUCUUAAUGAACAAGAUUUUUUUUUUAAUGUUUUGAGAAUGUAUCAUUUAAAAAUGUUUUUACUUCAGCUGUUUGGGGGAGGGGAGUGGGGGGGGGGGGGGGGGGGGGGGGCAUUUUGCCUAUGUCCAGCAUUUACAACUUAAACAUAUCCUUCAAGUAUUCAUUAAAAUUACAAGUCAGUAAAAUAUAAAAGUAUUUGUAGAACUGACACUCUGAUCAUGCCUAUUCACCGGAAAUGUAUCCCAGUGUGCACUUGUACUUCCGUCAUUACCUCAUUGUUAUUAUUAUAAUGCAAAGACAAUAAAUUACGGGGAAUGCGUUUUUUAAAGGGUGUAUGCUCGUUUUCUUUUUUUAUUUAUGGAGUUCGUCUGAUUGAUGUCCGGACGUUAUGGCCACCAUGUUAGAAGAACAAAUAAGUUUGUAUAUGUUGAACAAAUAAAAUUAAUGUAUGAGUGCCAGUUUCACUAUGUGGACUUGUGAACUUUGAAAGGUAAGAAGCUAAAACGGGUUGUAUUCGAAACCAUAUUGUUGUAUUUUUGGAAAAUAUGACGAUGUCUUGUGUUUUAAAACAUUUUCUUUUUCUAUUUUCCGCCUUUUUUGGAUUCUUUCUAUGCCCACGAUAAACAUUUUUGAAUUUUUACACAAACGAUGCUAAAGUAUAUCUUGUUUUACACGACUACUGUUGUGGUAUUGUGUACAUCGAUCAAAACACUUGCUUUGAAAAAUAUGAUUGGUGCAUAAAUACCCAUGUUUUAAGCUGUACAUGAUUAUUGGUGUUUUCAAGAACAUCAUUUUUAACUUUCCAUCUAAAAAAAAAACUUAUGGCAUUUCACACGAUAUCAUGUCAUAUUGUCUAAUACUUACUGCUGUUUCAUUUAUAUUUUUACAAAACAUAUAUGAAAUUUUUAGAACUUUUUAUUCUCUUCCGAUCUUCAAUAUUUGUUUUUAUGUUAUUGGAGUAAUUAGAUGGGGUACUAACGAGUUGUUUGCGGGACACACAACUCUUAGCAUUCAAUCCUGAAGACUGUUCCAGAUUUGGUCACAUGGGGAGGGGGUGGGUAUUAAAAAAUAUAAUAGUUACAAUAGAAUAGUAUACAUUGUGAGAAAACGAGCAGGUGAUUAUUUAAUUGGGACUGGGGGGAGGGACUGGGCAGUGGGGGGUUGUGUUUGUAUAUAUGUGUCCGUGUGUAUGUCCCGUCACGUGUGGAAGGUCAGUUCUUUACACUGUGUGACGGACCCGUAAGUGAAAAUGAAAGUAAAAUAUUUGAAGAAAAAAAA